AAUACAUAUAAAAGGGGGAAAUGGAAAGAGAAAGUGAAAUGAAGACAUCAAAAUUCAAGAGGAUUUGUGUAUUUUGUGGGAGUAGCCAUGGCAAGAAGAUUAGCUAUCAAGAAGCUGCUAUUAAUCUUGCCAAAGUAUUGGUCUCUAGGAACAUUGAUUUGGUCUAUGGAGGAGGCAGCAUAGGCCUAAUGGGUUUGGUUUCACAAGCCGUUCAUGAAGGGGGUCGCCAUGUUAUUGGAGUUAUUCCCAAGACUCUCAUGCCUCCAGAGUUAACUGGUGAAACAGUAGGGGAAGUGAAGGCAGUGGCAGAUAUGCACCAAAGGAAAGCCGAGAUGGCUAAGCACUCAGAUGCUUUUAUUGCCUUACCAGGAGGAUAUGGAACUCUGGAGGAAUUGCUUGAAGUCAUAACUUGGGCCCAACUUGGCAUCCAUGAUAAGCCGGUAGGGUUGCUGAAUGUGGAUGGAUACUACAAUUCAUUAUUAUCGUUCAUUGACAAAGCUGUAGAAGAAGGCUUCAUUAGUCAAAACGCUCGCCAUAUCAUUGUAUCUGCUCCAACCGCGAACGAGCUAGUCAAGAAGUUGGAGGAGUAUAUUCCUCGUCAUGAAAGGGUUGCUUCGAAACUUAGUUGGGAGAUGGAGCAGCUUGGCUACUCUCAUAAAUAUAAUAUAUGUGAGUAAUAGUUUGGCUUAAGAGAAGUGAUCGUUAUAUCUUGGGAAUAUGGCAUUGGAAGAAACCAAAUCGAGAUUUUAAAUUUUAUGUUGCAGAGAAAUCUUUUUUUUUUUUUUUUUUUCUUUUUUAAUUUCUCUGGAACAACUUCACUAUAUAUGAUACCUUCCUAUCUGGCAUUGAAGUGCAAAUUUGGAUUCAUUUGCAAGUUUAAACUACUCAAUGCCUCGUGUAAUUUUCUAAC